AUGUCUGCCGCCAUGUCUGCCCACGAACUCGCCCACCUCGCCGCCAUGGGUUUGCCGCCCCCAUCCGUCCCAACUGCGACCGAACCAGCCCCCGAGACCCCUGUUACCCGCGCCAACGCCUUGGUGAUUCCAGUAAUGGAAUCAUCCAAGGCAAACAAUUACCUGACGGAACGGGUCAAGGACGGCUUUCGCAGCAUGCGGGCGAAGGACCGAAAGUCGACGAAAGACGAGGGCUUCGCGACCCAACGUCUCCGUCACAAGCGGAUCCAGGCCAUGCAGUAUGCCUACCACCCCUGGAUGGAUCGGCGGCUUCCGAAGAUUCCUCUGGUCGCCGUGUCCAAACUGGCUGGGAUGGCUGAUGUCGCCGCCCAUCUGGCUGUCGCGCAGGCCGAAGCGCACGCCUAUCUUUUACGCAUCGGGCCGCGUCCCAGGCUCGAAGCCGAGGCCAAGGCCAAGGCCAAGGCCAAGUCCAAGGACGUGGACGAGCCCGCAAGAGCCUGGGAAUACGGCUACUAUACCUUCAAAGAACGCCGGAAGCAUGAGGGUUACGCCGAGAGUAACCGCUUGGAUGCUUUCGAAUGGUCGCGUGUUUCCGCAACGCUCCGUGCUCGUCUGAAGGCGGAGGAGACAAGAAUUCGGCGACGUUAUUUGCGACAGUGUUUGUGA